AGCUUAUUUAGACAAAAUAGGGCAGAAAGGGAGAUGCUCGCAGAAGCAUUCUGCCAUUUCCUAUUUUGAUUUCUCAGUUCAAGGUCCCACAAGCAGAUCCAGGAGUCAAAUUUACCAGAAUCAAUCUUAAGAAACUAUGUACUCCGUUCUUGAUGCUAUUCUUCAUGCUGUUGAAGCUCUUUCUGUUAUAGAUGAUCAUUCACAAGAACUCUGCUCAAAUAAAGAGCUCUUCCAACUAGUUUGUGAACUGGUCAAAUACCCAGAUAAAUUUGAGAUUGCCACGCCUUGUGUCACUGCUACUAUUUUGAUUGCAAAUAUUCUGUCCGAUGUAGCUGAUUUGGCAUCAGAGAUAUCACAAGAUUAUCAAUUCUUGCAGGGUCUUUUUGAUAUUUUACCGUUUGUUUCAAGUGACUUGGAGGCACGAAGUGCUCUCUGGAGCAUUGUUGCAAGGUUACUGAUUCGAGUUCAGGAAGAUCAUAUAAGCCUGACAAGUCUGCAUCAGUAUGUGCUGAUUUUAGCAAACAAAUCUGAUUUAAUAGAAGAUGAUCUUCUUAAUGGUCAAUUUGGUGAGUCCACCGCUGAGAAUGAUUGCUUAAACACUUAUGAGACAAUGUCAAAUGCUAGAAAGGCAGCACUUCGAAGGAUAAUCUGUAUCUUAAAUAAGUGGAGUGAUCCUAAGGAUCAUCUAGAUGGCAAUCAGACGUGUGAAUGGCAAGCAAGCAAAGUGAAUAUUGAUAGGCUGUUGGAAUGCUGUCGCAAAUAUACCGAGAACUAAUGCCUUUUUCUUUCUGCCGGAGCUGAAAUGCUGAAUUCUCUAACAUGAGUUCAUCUUCCUCAAAAUCUGUUCAACUACGUCUGUCAUUGUCCGACCCUACUCGCUAAAUACCAAAA